UGUACUACUAGCUAUGAUCUCUAGAGCCAUAUCAAAGAAUCGUAAUCCCGAAUAUAUAAUGCUAAGAUGUGACUCGUGUUGGUCUUGCUACCACCAAAUCUCACAACCAUCUAAUCAAAUCCCUAUCACACUCACUUGCUUUAUAAUGAAACCAACAUCGGAAAGAUUUCAAGAACGCAAAGUAGUGAGAUCAAGAGAGAAAAAAGGGGAGUUACAAUGGUUGAUGAGAAAGUGAUUGUUGAUGAAGUUGAGACAAGAGACGCUUAUAGAGUUGCGUACGUGAUCCAUUUCUUGUUGGGUGCUGGUAGUUUAAUACCAUGGAACGCUUUGAUCACUGCCGUUGAUUACUUUGGCUACUUGUACCCGGACAAGCAUGUAGAGAAGACUUUCACUGUGGCUUACAUGAGCUGUUCGGUUCUUGUUUUGGUUUUGAUGAUGACUUGGAACACAAGGAUGAGCUACAGAGUGAGGAUGAACUUGGGGUUUUCCAUGUUCAUCAUCGCCAUGAUGAUUUCUCCCCUUAUAGAUUGGGUCUGGAAAGGUGAAAAGGGUGAGAAUGUUUCUUACAUGUUGAUGGUUGGAUCAGUCGUACUCUGUGGUUUAGCUGAUGGAGUGGUUGGAGGAAGUUUGAUUGGUUCAGCCGGAAAGCUUCCUAGACAGUACAUGCAAGCAAUUUUUGCCGGCACUGCCUCUUCAGGUAUUAUCAUCUCCCUCCUUAGGAUUGCGACUAAAGCUUCGCUGCCACAAACACCGCAGGGGAUGCGAACCAGUGCUCAUUCCUAUUUCAUAGUCAGCUCUACCAUCCUCCUAUGUUGCUUCAUUUCUUGUAACGUGCUACACAAGCUACCAGUAAUGCAACAACACCUCAAGUUUCAUCAACCUUUGCAUUCGACUCUGACAAUAUGGAUGGUUGGGAGGAAAAUCAAGUGGCCAGCUUCGGGUAUGCUAAUAAUCUACUCUGUUACCUUAUCGAUAUUUCCAGGAUUUAUAGCUGAGAAUUUGAAGUCCCAACUUCUCCAAAGUUGGUAUCCCAUUUUGCUCAUCACUGUGUACAACAUAUCGGAUUUCGUAGGCAAGUCACUCACCGCACUCUAUCUAUGGCAAAGUAUAAAAUCGGCUACAUGGGCUUGUAUCGUUAGGCUUCUCUUUUAUCCUCUUUUCUCUGCAUGUCUACGUGGACCAAAAUGGUUAAGAACAGAAGUGCCAGUGGUUGUCUUGACGUUCAUGCUAGGUCUUACCAACGGCUACCUCACUAGCGUGCUCAUGAUCAUGGCUCCCAAAACGGUUCAUGCAUCAGAAGCAGAACUUGCAGCCAUCUUCAUGGUUGUUUUUCUAGGACUAGGUCUUGUUUGUGGCUCUGUUAUUGGUUGGCUCUGGCUCAUCUGAACCUUAUAUUGAAAUUCAUCAGAACUUAUUUUGUCAAAAAGUCGAGCAUAUAUGAAGCUAGCACAAUGAGUUUCGCAAACUUUUUGUUUCACUCUACCUCAUAUUCGAGUACUAUAGACUACUUUAAUAUAUUGUGAAAAAGUAAAUACUACUACUUUGCCUGAAUCAAUAUUUCCCCAAAAAUACUUUAGCGAGCACAAUGUAUGUGCCAGUGUUCUGAUUAGUAAUUACAAAAUCAAUAAAUAAGAAAGGGGGAAAAAGGAGUCAAAAGUCCACUUGCGGUGUGUCCUUACCUUGUCUUGAUUGGUGGAACCUUUUUUUAUUAGAGUCUACGUGUGAAAUAUUAUAAAUAUAUUUACCUGUAUAAUAAAUCGUUUAAUGAAUUUCUUGGAUAUAC